AUGGGAAUAAAUAAAAAAGCAUGCUUAAAAAUUGCAAUUUGCAGUUGUAAUAUUAAUUAUUAUAAAUAAUGGCAUUUACUACACGAUUAUUCGUAGGUAAUAUCCCAGAAAAAGUUACAGAAGAUGCAUUGCGGAAAGAAUUUUCGAUUUAUGGAGACGUAACCAAUAUAGACAUAAAGACAAAACCUGGCGCCGAAAAUGAUAAAAAAGUGUUUGCUUUUGUUACUUUAUCCGCUAACAAUUAUAACGUUGAGUCUUGCAUCAAAAAGUUUUCUGAACAAGACUGUUUUGGUCAAAGGUUGUAUGUCACUCGAGCACGGGAGAGUUUCCUGGAAAGAUUACAAAGGGAAAGAGAACAAACCCAGCAAAAAAACAGCACAAACAGCCAGGAUGUUCAAGAAACUUCACCAUCAAUACAUAAACCAGUUAAAAAUCAUAUUAACAAUAUGAAUAAGAAAAGAAAAUUUGCUGAGGAUGAAAAUUUUGAUGACUACAAGGAAUUGAAAACCGAAAUACCCAGAAAAGAAGUUUAUAAGCCCAAACUACAAAAUGGAGAUAUCAAACAUGUACAAAAUGUGCAACAAGACAGCAAGAAACUUGAUUCAGACCAAAAAAGGCUGGAAUCUAUUAAAAGGAAAAGACAGGAAUUUAAUCAGAAGAAAAACAUUAUUAAAACUGGUCUUAUUAGUAUUGAUAAACAAGCAAAUAAAAAAGUAAUAUUUUCUGAUGCUGAGGAUGACACUACCGAAGACAACAAUAAAUACUUAAAUGUAACAAAUAAAGAAGCUUCCAGUUCAAAACGUAAAGAUUUGUUUGAUGACAAUGAAAGUGAUGAUGAAACAAAUUUUGAUAUGAAGAAACAAUUUGAAGGAAAGAAAGGUCAAAAGGUUCUGGAACUACAAUCAAGGUAUAAAGCUGAUAAGCGUUUUACAUUGGAUGAACGAUUUGUUGAUGAUGAAUCAGACAAUGAUAACCAAGGAGAAGAGGCGGUUGAUUUGGGCCAGGUUGAUGAGAAAUCCAAGCAGCUGAACAUACUCCAAGAUGUGCUUGGUGUUACUAUAAAAACAAAAUCCAGUGAUGACAAAGAUAAGAUGAAAGCAAAACCAGGAAUGUUACGAUUUGACCCUAGCAAACCAGAUCAUUCUAAAUUCUUAGCGCCAAUGGAGCAAAAGCCGGAAUCUAAGAAAGCAAAGAAAAAGAAGAAUAAAGAGUUGCAAGAGGAAGUACAGGAACAACCUGAAAUUGUAGUAGAAAAAGUUGAAGUGUCAAAGGAUCAGUUUUAUAAAGUUAGCGAUACACUGAAAGAGGCUAUGGCAGAACCUAAAGAGUUUAGUCUCAGAAGUUUAUUCGCUAAUGAUAACAAUGAAGAAGAAGACACAACAGAACAAAGUGCAGAUUAUAUUUCAUUACAAAGUAAUAAGGACAAGAAAGUAAGAAAUCCUUUAGAUCCAGGUGAAAAGAAUCCCUUUGUCUAUGAUUCUUCUGAGUCAGAGGAUGAAGAGGAGAAAACUAUAAAGGAAACAAAAACAGAUGUACAGAAUGUGGAGCCAAAAGCUGUUUGGCGCGAAAACUUCUUUUUCAGCGAAAAUGACGACAGAUUAAAAGAUGGUUUGCUUUUCUUUACUCAAAAAAUUGAGUCAGAACCUACAAAAGAUAGAAGAGAACUAAAAUCAUUAAUGAAGAAGAGGAUCUACAAUAAGGAAAGGAAGAAUCAAAUGUUCAAGAAGAAAAUUGGUGGACGAAAGAAAUCUAUGAAAAAAUCUUUUAGGAAAAAAAGUUGAUUAAAUAAAAUAAAUGUAUGUGAAC